UUGAUGAGAAACAGCAAGUCGAGGUUAACUUAUCGCAGUUUAUGAUUCUUGAAUGAAUUAUUCGUGAAAUGUGAAUUCCAUUAGAUACAUAUUCAUUAUUAAGACGAUCCCUGGAUCUCCCUUCUUAUGAAAUGAUAUAUUAGUUUGUUAGAUUUGUUGAAAAUCCAAGUCUACAGUGUUUACAUGUAAUGGGAGAAAGGGACUGGAGACCGUUUGUUUAUGGCGGCCUUGCGUCGAUUGUCGCAGAAUUUGGCACAUUUCCUAUAGACACCACCAAAACAAGACUACAGAUACAAGGGCAGAAGAUAGACACUCACCAUGUGGAGUUGCGGUACACAGGCAUGGUUGAUUGUUUUGUUAAGACCUCCAAACAAGAAGGGAUUAAGGCAUUGUACUGUGGCAUAUGGCCAGCGGUGCUGCGCCAGGCCACGUACGGCACGAUAAAGUUCGGCACGUACUACUCGCUGAAGAGCGCGAUCGCGGCGCGGCGCGCGGACGGCGGCGCGCGCGAGCACCUCGCCACCAACACGCUGUGCGCGGCGCUCGCGGGCGGCCUGUCCAGCGCCAUCGCCAACCCCACCGAUGUGCUGAAGGUUCGGAUGCAGAUGGGCACGGAGAAGCGCAACAUAGUGCGGUGCUUCGUGUCGAUCCAGCGCGCGGAGGGGUGGGCGGGGCUGUGGCGCGGCGUGGUGCCCACGUCGCAGCGCGCCGCGCUCAUCGCCGCCGUGGAGCUGCCCGUGUACGACGCGUGCAAGCGGCGCUUCUGCGGCGCGCUGGGCGACCGCCCCGCCAACCACCUCGCCUCCAGCCUGCUGGCCAGCCUGGGCAGCGCCGUCGCCAGCACGCCGCUCGACGUCGUGCGGACUCGCCUAAUGAACCAAAGAAAAGUGAAAGAUCAAGGAGUUAAUAGUAAUCAAAAAAUAUACAAAGGAACGGUGGAUUGCUUCAUACGAACGGUCCGGAACGAGGGUUUCCUAGCGCUAUACAAGGGCUUCGUGCCCACGUGGCUGAGGAUGGGGCCCUGGAACAUUAUAUUCUUCCUCACUUACGAACAGCUCAAGAACUUCUACUGAGCGUCGUGUUGGAUGCAACAGAGUCCACUGUCGGGUUUUUAGUUCAAUUUUAUUUUUCAUAAGCGUUAAAAUACAUUUAAUGUACUAGUAUUUAUUUAUGUGUUUUUAUGAUCGAUUUAACAUUAAGUAUUUUUCUGGCAAACAGUUUUGUAUCGGGUAAAAGUGAAUUUCCUUCUCUUUACUGAGAAAAAUUCUGAAAGGAAGUCACUUUUUAGAGAUUUUAUAACGGUUAAAGGAGUUACUUACUUACUUAUAACGAUUAUUAUUCUAACUAAAAAUAUUUAAUUGUAUAACCACGGUUCACUGAGACAAAUCGGGUUCGAAGGACCAACACAUGUUUUCUUCUGUUUUUGAAGUGUGAUCUAUUAGAUGUAAGGUUAUUUUGUGAUUAUCAGUAACUAUUAUAAUAAUAAGUAACUAUAUACACAUUUUUAUAUCAAUAUUAUUUGACAUUCAAUAUAUUAACGAGAGAUUAUUUUCACAAGCACGAAAUAUUCCUACCUUGAGGCUUGAAAAAAAUGUUUUUUAACAAUACUAUGUAUACACUUAUUUUGCUUAUUAUAUGAAAAACAAUUGAGAUUAAUGGAGUGAAGGAUUCUAAACACGGUUUCUUCAUUAGCUUCGCCCGAAUAGACUUCAUUAUUUGGGCAAUUUUCUAAUUUUUAUUUUCGAAAUAUAUUUUUUCAUUCAUGCCUUCUUAAAAUAACGACUACAUAAAAGUAAUAUUUCUCUUCCAAUUUGAUACGGUCGUUAUUUAUAUAGGUUUUUGUCGUUUUUAUUCACAUUUUUUAAGUCAAUGCCAAAAUUAUGAUAUGGCUACAUCUCGCGUUUAAUAGAGUUUACAAAUCAUCAUAACAAGUUUAUUUCGAUACUUUACCGUUUAGGUGAAGUUUUUAUUGAUUACAUAAAAUCGCCGAUUUAAUCUAUUGAAAACAUCAUGUGUUUAAAGAAAAGCUUUGUUUAUAUUGCGUAUUACUUAAGUUAUUUAUAUGGCGGCGUCAUUUAGCCGACACAUAUCAAGCUUUUAUUGUAAUAAGGCACAUAGUGCACACAUCCUAUUGUACAUAGAACAUAAGUUUAUGGUAGUGGUAGAGUUGCAUUUUAUAUUGUUCAAUCGUUUUGUAGUAUUUAACUUCUACGCUUUUAUAAAAAUAUUGAGUGAAACUAUUUGCUUUUAAUAUACAUGCUUUUUAUAUUGUCCAAAUAAUAAUAAUGCGGCGUUUUUGUGAUUUUAUUUGACAUGUUUUCACAAAAGUUUUCGAACGAUUUAGCAUAGACCUCUUGACGUAAACAGAAAAUAUGGUUGUAUUUUCGCCUAUAUCUGAAAACUAUAUCUGUCUCUUUUACACAGCCGAAUUUAUCUUGAGAAUGAGAAGUAUAGGUAUCUAAUUACUUAUUGAAUCUUGACUCGAGAUCCAAUCGCUGAUGUUUUUUUCUUAAUACAUGUAUGUGCCUUUCUAAAGUCUUCGCUUUUUAACGGUUUGUAUUUCAUAUAAUUUGUUGCAUUUACGGAGUAGUUAAUGUCUUUAUUAUUAACAAUGCAUACUAAUUAAACAUUGUAACUAUAUAUUACAUGUGUAUGUACAUGAAAAUAUUAGUAAUCUCAUGCAAGUUGCCAAAACAUAUGUUUUUUCGUAUCUACCAUUUAGAACUAUGACAUUCAAGUCUGAUUAUUUUAACCCUUAAAUAAUGUCAAUGAUAGUAGAAAUUAGAUGUCAUGUAGGUUUGAUGUAAUACGAAGUGUAGUAGACAUCCAGGUACGUCAACAAAGAAAGAUACCUUUUUAGAUGAAACAUAUUUUGGUAAGUGAAGGCUAUGCUUCCAUAUAACUGGCCAAUGCCUUAUAUUUUUGACGCUUUUAUUACGUAGGUAGGGUCAGCACAAACUAUUUUGUUGUAAUAUAGUAGUGGAUAACUUACUGGUCUGAGAAGUUUUGUGAGUGUAGUAGGGGCGGAUGUACGGAUUUUUUGUUCUCAGGUAACAUUGUUUUAUACGCUAAAAUGAUUCGAAGAAAAAACAAUUAAGGGGUCACAUGAAACUUAAGUAUUUUUUAAUAUUGAUUUGACAUAAAUGUUGACGGGUCUUCGAUUCUUUCCAGAAAAAAAAACUAAUAUUGUGAAAAUAAGAUUUCAGAUCCGUUGUUAUUUAAAAUAAAUUUAAUUAUAUAGAAUAUAUUGCUUUAAUUUCUAAUUAAUUAUUAUUAAUUUGUUUUUAGAAAAAAAAAAUUUUACGUACAAUCUUGCCUCUAGUACGAUGUAUUUUUGCAAUGAUUAUAAAUCGAUAUUGUGUCAAACACAGUAGGUACAAAUGUUAGUCCAAAUGUUGUAGAUAAUAUAUUAUUGGAAAUA